AAAACCUUACCGAGAAAUUGUACCUAUGAUUUUUAUAUAUAUAAAAAAAGAUGGAAAACUUAAUUGCCGUUUCUUUUGGACACGUUUCAUAAAGAAAAGAAAAGAAGAAAAACUCCCAUUUAUAAGUGCACAAUACACAAAGUGGUGACACAUUUUGUCAGAAAAUUUUGUUGAUUGUACUUUCUCUUAACUCCGAUAUUUUCCCAAUUUUCAAGUUAAUUUACAACCCCCAGACGCCAGAAUAUAAUUUAUUUUGUGGACAUAUAAAGUUGGUUAUGGGAAAGAGAAAGAGAGGUGCUGACCUCAACAAGACUCCUCCUCCUUCAGACUUGAUGCCGCCCUCACCCAGAAUGGAUGCAUUGUCAAAACAGAAGUUCUCUCAUCAAGUCGACAGCGGUGGAAUAAAGUCUUUUUUAGCCAUUGCGGGGGAUAUUAUGGAUGGUCCUGUGAAGGUAACACAAGGCCAACAAUCAUCUAUUGUUCACCGUCGAAAUAUUGACCUUCUAAAGUCUCUGAGGCAUCCGCGUCACUAUGGCCGCCAUUAUUCUCGACGGAGAUCUGCUAGUAAUGCUGAGGCAUCAGGUUCCCACGCUGGUUAUACCCCUUCUUAUGAUGAUAAGUUGUCCUUAAAGAUGGCAAGCAAAUGCCAUACAGAUUCUGGACAUACCACAGAAAAUAGGCAAAAAACAGUUCACAAUACAGAAGGUGUUCCGUCUAGUUCACCGGCAACAAGGGUGAUAUCAUCCGAUGCUGGGAAACUCUUUUGUGUAUUAUGCAAGAAUUUUUUGAAGAAGGAACCAUACAUUGUCCUUGAAAACAGUUUGCCUAUAGGUGAGACGUCUGUGGUGGCAGUCUUAGCUUGUGGUCAUCUUUACCACGCUGAUUGUUUGGAACAGAGAACGAACCGUGAAGAUAGACAGGAUCCACCGUGUCCAAUAUGUCUUGGCUUUGUAUCUCACGUCGAUGCAUCAGUAGAACAGGAUUGAGUUGUAGGUCAGCUUUAGUGCCUGGAUACUGAUGAUCUUUUUGGAGAUUUAGAUGUAAUUUAGAAGGAAAUGUAGCUGGUUGAGGGGUUAAAAAUCCUCAAGAUAGAUACAAUCUUGUACAUGAUUUUGUAUGUUUUCAUUUGUAUCUGCUAAUAUUGUAUAGGAAGAAGGUGAAAUGAUAAAUGGCGAUCAUGUUUGGGAGCUUUUUAAAUGUUGUAUGAUAUUGUGGUUAGUUCAUGCCUA